AACUAGAGCGUCUCAGUCAGUCUUUCAGCGGAACUGUCAGCUUUCUGGACACAUUCCCUACAAACUAUAAACAAGCUUUCUAUUUUAUAAUUUUUUGUAGCACCGUAUAAAGGUCCUGAGUAAUGUCUGAGAAAAUCCGCAUCAACAGCCCCAAUGUGCAGUACACUGAGAAGUUCAUCGAGUCCCGGUACUCGUACCAGACCACCUCGGUGACCCAGGACGGAGACAAAUACACGGUGACGCCCCACAAUACUGAGUUUACAUUCCGCACAGAGCGCCAUGUGCCCAAGCUUGGUGUCAUGCUCGUGGGCUGGGGCGGAAACAACGGCAGCACUGUCACCGCUGCUGUGCUGGCCAAUAAGCUUGGCCUGACCUGGAAAACCAAGACUGGUGUCAAGAGCGCCAAUUACUAUGGUUCAUUGCUGGAGUCUUCCACUGUGUCUCUGGGCUCAGGACCAAAGGGGGAGAUUUUUGUGCCGUUCAGAGAACUACUGCCAAUGGUGCACCCUAAUGACAUCAUAUUUGAUGGUUGGGAUAUCUCCUCUAUGGAUCUUGGUUGUGCCAUGGAGCGUGCACAGGUUCUGGACUGGAGCCUUCAGGAGAUGCUUCGCCCUCACAUGAGCCAACUGAAACCAAGGCCCUCCAUUUACAUCCCAGAUUUCAUUGCUGCUAACCAGGAGCACAGGGCUGACAACGUCCUCACAGGCACCAAGGCAGAGCAGAUGGAACAAAUCCGCAGAGAUAUCCGUGACUUCAAGGAGAAGAGUGGCGUGGACAAAGUCAUAGUGCUGUGGACGGCAAACACAGAGAGAUUCUCAGAUGUCGUGACUGGUGUCAAUGACACUGCCCAGAACCUUCUUGCUACCAUCCAGAAUGGAGGGGAAGUAUCUCCAUCCACCCUGUUUGCGGUGGCUAGUAUUCUGGAGGGCUGUGCCUACAUUAACGGCUCCCCUCAGAACACUUUCGUACCUGGAGUUGUAGAAAUGGCCGUUCAGCAAGGGGUCUUCAUAGGAGGAGACGACUUCAAAUCAGGCCAGACGAAACUGAAGUCCGUUCUGGUGGAUUUUCUAGUCAGUGCGGGAAUCAAGCCAACCUCCAUUGUGAGCUAUAAUCACCUAGGAAACAACGAUGGCAUGAACCUGUCUGCCCCACAGCAGUUCCGAUCUAAAGAGAUCUCCAAAAGCAACGUGGUGGACGACAUGGUGGAGUCCAAUCCAGUGCUCUACAAGCCUGGAGAGAAACCUGACCACUGUGUGGUCAUUAAGUACGUUCCCUAUGUGGGAGACAGCAAACGAGCAAUGGAUGAGUACACGUCCGAGAUCAUGAUGGGUGGCACAAACACAAUUGCUCUCCACAACACUUGUGAGGACUCGUUGCUGGCCAGUCCCAUCAUUCUGGACCUGGUCAUUCUGACUGAGCUCUGUCAGCGAAUCACGUUCCGCACACAGCAGGACUCCUCCUUCCAGUCCUUCCACAGUGUUCUAUCCCUACUCAGCUUCCUUUGCAAGGCCCCACUUGUACCGCCCAAGGCACCGGUGGUCAACGCCUUCUUCCGCCAGCGCGCCUGCAUCGAAAAUGUCAUGAGGGCUUGCCUCGGUCUUCCCCCUCAAAACCACAUGCAGCUCGAGUACAAGAUGCAGAAAAGCUUCACAGUUUGUCAAGACAAGAAGGUUCCUGUAGCCACAAAGGGGAGCAACAACAUCACCAAAGCGUACCACUGCAUUGAAUGUAAUGGAGCCACUGACCAAAAGAAUGUUGACAGAUAAAGUUAAAAAUAAAAAAUCAUCCCAUGACUGAGUGACCACUCUGUCUAACAGAACACAGAAUUUCUAACUUUGAAUUAAUCCUCAGAGAAUAUUAUCUAUUAAAACAUCAUGAUGUAUCUUGCUCUAAACAAUAUUAACACAAUUUUGGAAAUGGGUUUCUUUGUGGAUUGAUGCUAUACAACUGUUUUAGUUAGUCAAAAAGGGAGAAUAAAUCAUUUACUGAUGUUUGUAUUUUACAAAUACUUAGACUUUGAAACAUGAAUAUUAAUAUUAGUUGGCAGGAAGGUUCAAAAUUUUCAAAAAUAUUUAAUAUUUUGAAAAUGCACUUUAUAAAAUUGAUAACUAUACUAAUAUUAAACAUAAAGGUUCCAUCUCAGUCUUUUGAGGGUUUUUCGGUUUGAACCUCCAGAGGGUACGAGUAGAGCUUAGAACCCUUAAACACCCAAAGAACUCCUGAGGAACCAUUUUACUACAAGUGUACUGUAUACCAGUAUUUUGGUCAGAUUUAAUUUGUGGAUUUAGAAGUAGAGCAGUGAAAUGAUGUAACUGCAAAUGCUAGUGAUUUGAAGUCUUUCCAGAAGGAUCAAAUGUCUGAUUUUAUUGAUCAGACAUCUAUGCAAAGUGCACAUGCAAGAAAAUGUUCAUGAAACGUUUUUAUUGACAGUGAUGUGUGUUUUUUUUUUUUUGUUUUUUUUUUUGUAAAAUAGGGCUUUGUGAUGUCAAAAUAAACAUUUUUGUUUCAAAUAA